AUGUCAUAUAAUCAGGGUUACAUAGAUGCCUUUUAUGGAAGAUUCUUAACUGCGGGGAUUAGAAAAUUGGUCAACUUUGCUCAUUUUUUUGAUAGACGAAUAAUUGAUGCAAUUCCAAAUGGAGUUGGUCUUAUGAGUUUCUUUGGAGCUGAGGUUAUUAAAUCGGUAGGGGGUGGGCGUAUUUCUUCUUAUCUAAAGUCGUAUGCUUUGGAAGAAGCUUGUACAGUUUGGGAAGGGGUUUUGAUUGAUAAAAAAGAAGAAUCUACUUCAACCGAUAUGCCCUUAGGCACGACCAUACAUAACAUAGAAAUCACACUUGGAAAGGGUGGACAAUUAGCUAGAGCAGCGGGUGCUGUAGCGAAACUGAUUGCAAAAGAAGGGAAAUUGGCCACAUUAAAAUUACCUUCUGGGGAGGUCCGUUUGAUAUCUAAAAACUGCUCAGCAACAGUUGGACAAGUGGGGAAUGUUGGGGUGAACCAGAAAAGUUUGGGUAGAGCCGGAUCUAAGCGUUGGCUAGGUAAGCGCCCUGUAGUAAGAGGAGUAGUUAUGAACCCUAUAGACCAUCCACAUGGGGGUGGUGAAGGGAGGGCCCCAGUUGGUAGAAAAUAA